AUGGUCACUGUGUUCCCAGUAACCAGACUGGUCCCCAAACCAGUACGGUCCCCAAACCAGUAUGGGCCCAGUAACAAACCAGUCCGGUCCGCAAACCAGUAUGGGCCCAGUAACAAACCAGUAUGGUCCACAAACCAGUAUGGGCCCAGUAACAAACCAGUAUGGUCCCCAAACCAGUAUGGGCCCAGUAACAAACCAGUAUGGUCCCCAAACCAGUAUGGGCCCAGUAACAAACCAGUGUGGUCCCCAAACCAGUAUGGGCCCAGUAACAAACCAGUGUGGUCCCCAAACCAGUAUGGGCCCAGUAACAAACCAGUAUGGUCCCCAAACCAGUAUGGGCCCAGUAACAAACCAGUAUGGUCCACAAACCAGUACGGUCCCAGUAACAAACCAGUAUGGUCCACAAACCAGUAUGGGCCCAGUAACAAACCA